CGUUAGGGCGGACCGCUACUUUCCGCCUACGGGAUUUUACUCGUAACUGACUUGUAAUUUUGCGACCGUACCGCUAAUGUAUGUGUGUAUUGUGUUGUGUAAUUGCUGAAAUGUGAACGGACUUGACUGUUUGUUGGAUUAAAUGAGAUGAGAGAGAAAGAAGAAAUAUGAUCACACAUAGAGUUAAAUUAAGGAUUCACACACAGUGGUAGUGCGGUGUCGCCAUGGACAUCUUAAAAUUGGUGACGUCUCUUUUGGGACUGUUCUGUUUUGGUCCAGUCAACGGAGGACUUAGCGACGAUUACAUGGGAAGCGGUGAAGCACCAUACAUCAUCGAACAGCCGCUUGACGUCACCGUAGCGAAGCACCAACCAGCUACUCUAAACUGCAGAGCUGGCGGCUCACCAUCGCCAACCAUACGAUGGUACAAAGGCGGCGUGCUUGUAGUAUCAGAUACACAUAGAAGCUUAUUGCCAGCUGGUGGUCUGUUCUUUCUAAGAGCAACGCAUGGUCGUGCGCACUCAGAUGCUGGCGUGUAUUGGUGCGAAGCCACUAAUCCGUAUGGUACAGCUAGAAGUCGGAAUGCAACACUUCAUGUAGCUGUUCUUCGAGAGGAAUUUCGUUUGGAGCCUGUAACUACACAAACAGCACAGGGAGACACUGUGAUUCUGGAAUGUUCUCCACCCCGUGGUUCUCCAGAACCGACGGUAUAUUGGAAAAAGGACGGACAUAUACUUCACUUUGAUGGAGACUCAAGAAUGCAUUUAGUGGACGGAGGAAGUCUGGUUAUUCAAGAUGCCAGGCAGACAGAUGCUGGGAAAUAUCAAUGUAUCGCAAGGAAUGCUGCUGGUACAAGAGAAUCUACUACAGCAACGCUAAGAGUUCACAUUAAACCGUAUUGGAUAGCGGGGCCCGAAGACGUGGUCGCUCACACCGGUGAGAGCGUGUUGUUUCACUGCAGGGUGGGCGGGGACCCUCUACCUGAUGUGUUGUGGAGGACAACCGCCGGCAGAGGGAACAUGCCACUCGGCCGCGUCAAACUCUUGGACGAUAGAAGCCUGAGGCUCGAUGGCGUGGUUUUAGCAGACGAGGGGGAGUACACUUGUGAAGCUGACAAUGCAGUCGGAACUGUCAGUGCUAGCGGGUAUUUGACGGUGUACGAUCCUCCAUCUGUUACGUUAAAACCAAAUUCAAUCAUUGUUGAAAGCGGCUCAAGUGCGACUUUUACAUGCACUGCCACCGGAAAGCCGGAACCAACUCUUUUUUGGAGUUUAGAAGGAAAUAGAACAAUAAUAUUUCCCGGCACAUCGAGGGAUAAAUAUCACGCAUCUCCCGUUAUAGACGGGGUGACAACACUAACAAUAAACGGAACAAAUAAAAAUGAUAGCGGUAAUACAAUAGUUUGUUCAGCGGUCAACUUCGCGGGCAGUUCGCUCGUUAGAGGAAAAAUAACUGUGACGUCAGACGACGAUCGUCCACCGCCAAUAAUAACAAAUGGCCCCUCUAAUCAAACGUUACCUUUUAAGUCCGAAGCCGAAUUCCCCUGUAAAGCUAUAGGUACACCUGAGCCAAUCAUUGCAUGGUAUUUCGAAGGGGAAGCAUUAAUACAAAAUCAUAGAAGAUAUAUUUCCAGUGAUGGUACAUUAGUCAUAAAAGAUUUGGGUAGGACUGAUAAUGGAACUUAUACAUGUGUGGCCUCGUCACCACAUGGCAAAUAUGUUUGGAAUGGAGUUUUGACUGUAGAUAAUCCCAAAAAUCCAAAUAUUAAUUUCUUUAGAGCAGCUGAUGUAUCAGCUUUACCAGGACCUCCUACAAAACCGCACGUACAUAAUGUAACAAACAACAGUGUUAUUUUAACAUGGAAUCAAAAUAACAAAAUUGGGUCAUCCUCCAUUCUUGGAUAUCAAGUUGAAGUAUUCUCUAGGGAGACACUAUCAGGAAGUAAUACGCCGAGAAACUCAAGAGGCUGGGUUGUUGUUGCUAAGAAAAUAUAUCAAACCCAUUACGUAGUUAGAUCGUUGAUUCCUGGAGUGACAUAUAUGUUCAUAGUUAGAGCUGAAAAUUCUCACGGCUUGUCUGGACCGAGUCCCAUUUCCGACGCUGUGACAUUAGGGGAAGAUGUAUCUAUAUGGGACAAUGGUCCAUAUUCGAAUAAUACUGAAUACAGAAAAAAUAUAAUGACUGAUAGCAUAGUCGAACUCAGAGAAGCAACUGCUAUAGACGCUACAACAAUAAAACUUAUGUGGGCAGUACUAAAUUUCUUUUACUUAGAAGGGUUAUUCAUAUACUACCGACCCUUAGAUAAUUCAACGACUGAAUAUGAUAUGAAAACUAUUUUACAUUCCAACGAUGUAUCGGGAUACGAAAUUACGUCGUUACGAAAAUAUAUGCGGUACGAAUUUUUUCUCGUGCCAUUCUAUAAGAAAUUUGAAGGAAAGCCCUCAAAUUCAAAAGUAGCUCAAACAUUGGACGAUGUGCCGGAUGGUCCUCCAACAAAUAUAGAAAUGUUCAUUGUCAAUAUGACUACGGUUCACUUGAAAUGGCAAGCUCCCGAAUUUCACCUACAAAACGGAGUUAUUACUGGUUACAAUGUGGUGGUUAAUUGGCUGGAUAUACCCGCGAAUAAGUCAAUGAUCGCAAUUAACACCACCGUUCAUCAAGCGACCAGUCUCAUUAUGACAAAUUUGACGUCAGGAGUGAGUUAUUCGGUGCAGAUUGCAGCAGAAACUAUUGUUGGAUUGGGACCUUUUAGCCAAAAAGUAUAUCUCAAUAUUGAUUCAAGAACAAUUGGAUUAGAUCCUUUGUCAAGAUAUCCUAACAACGGAGAAGUAUCUAUUGUUGCGGGAGACUUUGUACUUGAGUCAUGGUUUUAUUUUUUAAUUGGAGCUAUCGUGCUUUUCAAAGUUAUAAUGGUUGCUGGAAUCAUCUACAUUCGUAAAAAUAACAUUUUUACGAAAAAAUCUGCGCUUCCCAAUAUAUACGAUAAUAAUGGAACAAGUUUGGUGACACAAAUGAAUAUAAAAGCUGCGGUUUCAUUGUCUCAUCCAUUAAGUAGCUGCUACAAUAAAAAUACAGUAACUAAAACUGAGUCAUUAUUGUGGAUGGAGAAUCAGCCUGGUUUAUGCAUGUCGACUAAUCAAUCUAAUCAAAGCAAAGACAAGACUAAUUCCGAAUAUGACAAGGUUGCUCAUCCUCUGCCCGAGUAUGCAGAGGUCACAGCAUCCAGGGUUAAUGGGAAUGAAUGGAAUACGAGCAAAACUGCUACAUCUCCUGCCGCAUAUGCUUCCGUGACACUUGUAACUAAUACGAGACAAUGUGUUAGUUCUUUGGGCUGGUUUCCACCCGGUGGAAAGAAUGUCGAUAACUUCGAUUCCCGCUACGCUCCUGAUGAAGAACUUUAUCCAGCUAGUAACGGAGGUUACUAUAAUAGAAACGUAUACAGCGAAAAAUACUUCCAAGGGCAUCCUAAUGUGCUUAAAUUUUAUGACAUACCUUCCUUAGAAAAAACACAAAAGGCUCAAAUACGAUACAAUCAGAGCCUUGAAGAUAGAAAGAGUGAUAAGAACGUAAACAUCGAUGUUACGCAAUCCUUGAUUGGUCGAACGUACGGAAUAAAUUCAAGGAAGAAUUCUGAAUCAGAAUCAACGUAUAGAGCUUUCGGCGAGGACGAAUCCGACGAUGAGAAUUAUGCGGAAGACAAUGGUUACGACGAAUUGCAAGCAAUGCAGCCCCAGAAACAGCGACCAAAACAUCAAUAUGAAAGGCCUAAUUUCGACAACGAUGGGACGAGGACUCUAUCAAGAUUUACUUCGUUCAGGCACGCCCAGAAUGUUCUGAAUGGUGUGACGCAGUCGUCUCUGGCGUCCACUCACUCUGCCCCGACGUCACACCCACGAGUGGACUCAGUGACGCGGUAGUAUCAUGCUUUGCCGGUUUUCGGCGACUUGUGCCAAACAGACGUGUAACCGACGACGAACAAUGUUAUAAGUGAACACGUUUAAAAGCUAACACGGUUCUUCCUUACGCUUAUAUGAACUCUUGAUUUUCCGUCGGUUUUCAGACAUAUUGUGCAGAAGUGAUAUGUGUAUUAAAGACUGUUAUUACGCGUUUCUUUGGCCUAUUAUUAAAUUUUUGGCACUAAUUUAAUAUUACAAAAAAUCUUAUAGAAUUAUUUAUAUUUCAUGGAACUUUAACUAGUCUAUUGUUAUGUAUAUCCUGUGUACAUAAUUUUGUAAAUAGUGUAAAUAUAAAUUAAUUAUUAAUAUUAUUAAAAAAAACGUUUAUUGGACUAUUAUGGGGAUUGAUCAAAUUUAUGUGUCCGUCUGUAUAUCAAUAAACGAAUUUGUAACCGUAUAUAUCAUUAGAUUAGGACUUCGUUAGACACUGGAAAAUUGAACGCUUGGCAAUAAUUUGAGGUAACAUAAUAUUACUAGUGUAAAUAUAGACAUGAAUAUUGAAUACUAUAGAGGCAGACCUUUCACAAACAGUAGCUGUAGCUAGAAAGCGAAUAAAGUGUGACUAGACUAAAAGUGAAGGUAGUUUGAAAUUAUACACAAGUAUUAGCGCAGUUAGGUUUUCAAAUGUUAAAGUAUACUUGAUGAUAAAGCACAAAUUGACUUGAUAUUAGAUUACUUCGUAAUAUAUUUUGUUGAUAGCUAGCGAUACUCGAUUUAGUUUUAUUUAAUGUGCCAUAAGAUUUCCUGGAUAAGAACAUACUUAGUAACAUUCGAGUUGUGAAAAAAAUUCAAAUGAUGCUUUUACAAAAAGAUGUUUAAAUCUACGUAAGUUAAUGUGAUAUGAGUUAUAUUAAAAUCACUUGUUAUAAAAACAAAUAGCACGAUUUGUAUUGCAUAUCAUGUAUUUAGGUAUUAAUAAAUAAUGAAGUGUUAAUAACAUAGGCUUUGAGAUUUAUUAAUUAUCGUAUUAUAUCUAAGCCUAUCAGAAUUAAAAAGCAACUACCUAUUCUUGUAUUAUUUAAGUUUUUUGCCUUUGUUUGUAUCCAAUUAAAGGUCUGAGGACGCUAUUUGAAAACUGGCUUUGAAGAAAUUAACUUAAAAGUAUUACUAAUUAAGAAGAUAAUUUUUAUGAAUACUCAAUGCUAUUUCAACAUUGUUUCCAUUGUUCAUAUUUUGGAUAAAUGAUGCCAAACUAAAAAUACGUUAUCAGUAUUUUAAAAAUAAAGGCGAAGCUUUUGUCAUAUUUCUUUGUUCUUCAGUUAUAAUUUUUAAUUAAACUGAGACCAGUUUAAUUAAAAAUUAUCAAGAUAUCCUUAAGUCCAAUGCUAAUUAUUAACAAGUAUGUAUAAUUUUAUUAUCUUGAUUUUAAUAAGAAAAACUUCAAAUUUGAUCGUCAUUAUUGUAUAUUUAAAAAGUCAAUUAGACAACUGUUGUACAGUUAAAAUUAUACAUUUAAACAAAAACACGCACCGUGUAAGGCAUUUUAUUACAAUAAAACAACACAUUCCCUCAAUAGAAACUGCUUAAACGUUGAUUUUGAACAUGUACGUAUGAGCUAUUGAAUAUAUAAACAAUAAAUUAAUGUAUUUAGAUUCACUAUGGACUGAAUAAUUUCAUUGAUUUUAUAUUGUACAGCAAAUAAUAUUAACAAAAAAUAAUAUUAACAAGAACUGUUGCUUUCUUUUAGAGAAUAGACUUUUCCAGACUCAGUGUUAAGAAAUUAUUCUUCUAGUUCCUAUUCUCAUGAAACAUUGAAUAAAUGUAGAUAUCAAUUUAUUUAUUUCAUGUAAAAUAUACUUUAAAAUAGAACUCUACACAUCACAGACUAUGGCCUAUUAGCAACAUUAUUAAUCGUGUAAAAAGCACUUCAUCAUAUAUUUUCAAGGGUAGUUUAUUAUUUUUAUUAAACGUUUGCAUUUAAAUUAGAUUUUCUAAAUUUAAGGUAUGGUUUUAACGUAUUUCAAAUAUUAUGUAAUUGGUAAGCAAAGUUCAUAAUUUAUCAUCGGAUUGUUUAAUAAAUAUUGUGUGCAAAAAUUUUAUGCAAAUACCAUUGUGAAUAAAAUACGAAAGCUAAAAGGAUUUCAACUAACAUUUACUUUUGUGUAUGUUCAUAGAAAUAUACGAAACACUUGGCUAUUUGAUAUUUUUAUGCAGUAGGUACGCAGUGUAUUUACAGGAACAGAGAAAAGCAAAUUCGUCGUUUUUUAUUUACGAGGUUGUGCAUGAAAAAUCCAUGAUUGCAGACUAUAACCUAAUAAUAUAUCUAUGUUCGCAUUGGAAUAUAAUAUUAUGCGGUUUUUGGUGGAAUUUAUGAUUUUCCAAACGUUUGUAUUAAAAUACAUUAUAAUUAAAAUUAAACCUUAUUUAAAUGUAUUGAUUUUUUUGUAUGAUUGGAUUGAUAACAGUUAUUAUGUAUUUAAACUACUUAAAUUGAACAUAAUACGUAAUUCCAAAGUAUGGGAGAUUUUUGUGUGAAUUUUUUGUAAAGGCCUAUUUGAUUUUAUAAAAUUAUGACGAAAUAGGAUCAACACAAUAAUGUCGACUUAAAUGGAUUUUAAUUUUGUAUUUGUCUAUACAAACCUAUUUUUUAAUAAAAUAAUUUAAUUACUA